UGGGAUGACGUGUCAAGAAAGUGCCGGAAGCUUCCCGUCUGUCCAAAAUGGCGUACCAGACCCUACAACAGGAGUACCUCCAGAUCCCUGUUGUCACCAGAGCCUACACCACGGCCUGCGUCCUCACCACAGCCGCCGUGCAACUAGAGAUCAUCACACCAUUUCAACUGUACUUCAACCCUGAUUUGAUUCUAAGAAAUUAUCAGGUAUGGCGGCUAAUAACCAACUUCCUGUUCUUCGGUCCCGUUGGUUUCAACUUCCUGUUCAAUAUGAUUUUUCUGUACAGAUACUGCCGGAUGCUGGAGGAGGGCUCCUUCAGGGGCCGCACGGCUGACUUUGUCUUCAUGUUCCUGUUCGGGGGGCUGCUCAUGACCAUCUUCGGCACCUUUGUGAGCCUGGUGUUCCUGGGCCAGGCCUUCACCAUCAUGCUGGUCUACGUGUGGAGUCGGCGGAACCCCAACGUCCGCAUGAACUUCUUCGGCCUGCUCAACUUCCAGGCGCCCUUCCUGCCCUGGGUGCUGAUGGGCUUCUCGCUGCUGCUGGGGAACUCCAUCAUCGUGGAUCUCCUGGGCAUUGCCGUGGGACACGUCUACUUCUUCCUGGAGGACGUUUUCCCCAACCAGCCGGGGGGGGGACGGUGGCUCAAGACCCCCUCCAUCAUAAAGAUGUUGUUUGACACUCCUGAGGAAGACGCUAACUACAACCCGCUGCCGGAGGAGCGUCCCGGGGGCUUCGCCUGGGGGGAGGGGCAGCGUCUGGGAGGCUAACCCGAACCUCCAGGCGCCCCCUGACAGCCAGCUCGCUUCAAGGACCUUCCCUCAGAGAGACGACGGGACGGACGGCGGACACGGUCUUUGUUUGUGACGUGUUUGCUGAGUGCUGGAUGCAGGAGUCUGUCUGUGGCUCCAGUCGUCCUCAGAAACUCUUUGACGCCAGACGCUCGCUCUGAGACUGUUGGACCAGCUUCAGGUGGAACUCUGGGAGGACGGACGGCCUUCCCCUCACGAGACGUGUCUUCAUCUCUGAAAAAUAUAUUGGCGUACAUGAAAGAAGAAAAAUUGAUAGAAAAGUUUUAUCUAAAUGAAUCUAUUUGGAUGGUGAGUGUUUUUUUUUUUUCACUUUACUUUUUUAAAGAAUAAAUGUGUGUGGCAAAAGA